AUGGGCCCCACGCCCACAGAUACUGUGGCUGGAUGCUAUUUGUUCUGCACGAUUACUGAUAGCGAUAAUUACGCUACAGUUGAGACUAAGUUCGACAUCACCCUGGAACAAUUCUACCAGUGGAACCCUAGUGUCGGCUCUAGCUGCACCAAUCUAUGGAUAGGAGAAGUAUACUAUAUCUAG